AGGACGGGCGGCGGAACCCGUCCCAGGGCAGAUUCCAAACUUUCCCGUGUUGUCCCUCCCACGUCCGCCGCCGGGAUUCCGGGUCUGGGAGAAUCUCCCGGGAAUCUGCAGCGACCACCGGGGAUUUGCGGUAUCCCGGACACUCCCGGGAUCUGGGACCCCGGGCCCCGACCAUGAACAACGGCAGCGGCGGCGAGACGGCGGGGGGACAGACGGCAACCAGCGAGAUGGCGGGGGGACAAACAACGGGCGGGCCGCCGCUCCCCGCUCUCCACAUCCCCGCGCUGGUUCUCGGGGGGCUGCUCAUCGUCCUGAUUAUCGCAGGGAACCUGCUGGUCUGUCUCGGCGUCGCCACAGAACGGCCGUUGCGAACCGCCACCAACAUCUUCAUCGCCAGCCUCGCCACGUCCGACCUGCUGCUCGCCGUCCUUGUUCUCCCGCUCUACGUCUUCCAGGAGUUCCAGGGCGGGGUGUGGACGCUCGGCCCGGGUGUCUGUGACUAUCUCAUGACCAUGGACGUCAUGCUGUGCACGGCUUCCAUUUUCAACCUGUGCGCCAUCAGUGUGGACAGGUUUAUUGCGGUCCGGAUCCCCCUCAACUACAGCAGGACCCACAUUGACGUUCGACAGGUGGCCCUGAUCUCACUCACCUGGAUCCUGGCGCUGGCCGUCGCAUCUCCCAUCGCCUUGGGCCUGAACCAGGUGCCGGGCCGGGACAUCAGCGUGUGCCGGCUGGAGGACAACUCAUACAUCAUCUGGUCAUCGGUCUGCUCCUUCCUGUUGCCUUGUCCUGUCAUGUUGUUGCUGUAUUGCGCCGUGUUGCGGGGUCUGCAGCGCUGGGAAGCCUCCCGCAACCGCGCCCGCAAACUGCGCCGGCACCCGCACGGCUUCAGGAAGAUGGAGGGGAGCCCCUCGGACCGGGAGCCGGAGCCGGAGAGGGAGAGGGAGAGGGAGGGGGAGAGGGAGAAGGAGAGGGAGCGGGUCCAGGAGCCGAGGCCGGAGCCGGAGCCCCCCCGCCUCGCCACCCGCCCGGCCAUGUACGCGCAGCCCGGCCCCGGCAGCCGGAAAGUCCGCAUCAGCGGCAGGGAACACAAGGCCAUGACUGUUCUGCCCGUCGUGCUGGGGGCUUUCCUGCUGUGCUGGACGCCGUUUUUUGUGGUCCACAUCCUGAAGGCAAGUUGCAACACCUGCCACGUCUCUCCACAGCUCAUCAGCACAGUGACGUGGCUGGGUUAUGUCAACAGUGCUCUCAACCCUUUCAUCUACACAUUCUUCAACAAGGAGUUCAGGAACUACUUCCGGAAGGUUUUGUACCCGUGUCGCUGAAUCCAGAAUCCGCCCAGCAAUAA